CUUGGCCACGAUCGCCCGUCCCCAAACCGACCGUCGCGCGUUCGCUGUUGUCGCAUUCCAAUUAAUUCAUUUCAAGAGAUACGGCACUUUAAACAUUUAUUUUUGCGUUUAUAACUUUUCAUACAAGUAUAUAGUUUAGCUUAUGCCGAGCAUGGAUCGUCAGAGCUUAGCCACAUUCGUGAGUCCCUACAAAUGCCGCCCCUGGAUGACAAGCAGCGGUGCGGCUGCACCUAGCGGGGGUGGCAAGGGUGUGAAGGGUAUUAUUGCGGGCGGCAUAACGGGCGGCAUAGAAAUCUGCAUUACAUAUCCCACCGAGUAUGUGAAGACACAGCUCCAGCUGGAUGAGAAGGGUGCCAAUAAGCGCUAUAACGGCAUUGCCGAUUGUGUAAAGAAGACGGUGCAGCAACGUGGCUUCUUCGGACUAUAUAGAGGCUUGAGCGUCUUGCUUUAUGGCAGCAUACCCAAGUCGGCUGCCAGAUUCGGCGCCUUUGAAUAUCUGCGCGUGCACGCCGUGGACGAGAGGGGCCAGCUGAGCAAUGCCGGCAAGCUGUUGUGCGGUCUAGGCGCAGGCGUCUGUGAGGCUAUUUUGGCCGUCACUCCCAUGGAGACGAUUAAGGUGAAGUUCAUCAACGAUCAGCGCAGUGCGAAUCCAAAAUUCAAGGGUUUCGCUCACGGUGUCGGCCAAAUUAUCAAGGCCGAGGGUAUUGGUGGCAUCUAUAAGGGUCUGACGCCGACCAUAUUGAAGCAGGGCUCUAAUCAGGCCAUACGCUUCUUCGUCAUGGAGUCCUUGAAGGAUCUCUACAAGGGCGAUGAUCGCAACAAGCAGGUGCCCAAGCUGGUGGUGGGUGCCUUUGGUGCCAUUGCCGGUGCGGCCUCAGUCUUCGGCAACACCCCAUUGGAUGUGGUGAAGACCCGCAUGCAGGGUCUCGAGGCUGCCAAAUAUAAGAAUACUGCCGACUGUGCGCUCCAAAUAUUGCGCAACGAAGGACUCGGUGCCUUCUACAAGGGCACUGUGCCGCGUCUGGGACGCGUUUGUCUCGAUGUGGCGAUCACCUUCAUGAUCUACGACUCGUUCAUGGAUCUCUUUAACAAGUUGUGGAAGGACUAGGAGAGGCUGUGAGAGACCACAGAUCUAGCAAUCUAGUAUGUAAUCCUAACUACAUGCAUGUUAAUUCUUUAGCUGACCUAGUCACGUGUUAAGAUCGAUGAUCGCGGUACUACCAUAAUAUUCCACUUAGCAUUUUGUUAGUUACGUUAAUUGAGUACGAACGUAAACUUAUAGAGCAUUUGGUUGCAUUUACGAGUAAUUGCUUGGACAGACCGAAUUGUAAAUAACGGAUUCGAGAUUUCGAUAAAUCCCAUAAAUAAAACUUGUAAACAUUUUACGAAUUUA